UCUUCCUCGCUCACUCUUUCACUCUGUGUAUAGUGGUCAGCAUGCAGAGCUGCGGCCAGUCAGACAGACAACAGGUGGAGAGAGGGGAGGUCUUCCCCCGGGCUGCUGCACUACUCUAGAGCUCUACUGCAAGCCGUCUGGACCCGGAGAUGAUCCUUCAGUGGCAGAUGCCAGAAGUGUGAGACAGCAACAAAUGGCUUCAACCCAAAGUGGCCUACGUAUCCAGGGCGAUGACAACCUCCAGUCCAUGUUUGUGGGCACAGUGAUGAGGAAGAUUAAGUCCCGCACCUGGAAGAAACAGCGCUACUUCAGGCUGCAGGAGGACUGCAUGACCAUCUGGUAUAAGUCCAAGAAGGCGGGCAAUGCCCACUCCACCUUCUCGGUGAGUGACGUGGAGGCGGUGCGGGAGGGUCACCAGUCGGAGGUGCUUCUGAGCAUCGCUGACGAGUUCCCUCCUGACCGCUGCUUCACCCUGGUGUUCCGUGGUCGCCGUGGCAACCUGGACUUGGUGGCCGAGUCGGCGGAGGAGGCGCAGCUGUGGAUCAGGGGAAUGCGCAAACUCAUCGAGAAUGUGGAGAACAUGGACCAGAGCGAGAAACUUGACAAAUGGAUCUGUGAUUGGUUUAAGAAAGCAGACAAGAACAAAGACGGGCGAAUGAACUUUAAGGAGGUCCAGGACUUGUUGAAGAUGAUGAAUGUGGAUAUGAAUGAGGACCAUGCUCUGAGACUCUUUAAGAUGGCUGAUAAGUCCCAGUCGGAGACGCUGGAGGACGACGAGUUCGUGCUCUUCUACAAGAUGCUGACACAGCGGGAGGACGUGCUGCGCAUCUUCCAGGACUACUCAGGCGACGGACAGAAGUUGACUCUUCGCGACCUGGAGGACUUCCUCCGCGAGGAGCAGCUCGAGACCGACGACGUGCAGCAGCGGGCCCUGGAGCUCAUCGAGCGCUACGAACCCUCCGACACCGCAAAGAACCUCCAGGCCAUGACGAUCGAUGGCUUCCUGAUGUACCUGGGCUCAGCCGAGGGCUCCAUCUUCAACCCACAGCACGAAGGUGUCUACCAGGACAUGACCCAGCCCCUGUGCCACUAUUUCAUCUCCUCCUCACACAACACCUACCUGCUGGAGGACCAGCUCAGAGGCCACAGCAGCGUGGAGGGAUACAUACGGGCUCUGAAGCGGGGCUGCCGCUGUGUGGAAGUGGACUGCUGGGACGGGCCCAACGGGGAGCCCAUCGUUUACCACGGACACACUUUCACCUCCAAGAUCCUCUUCAAGGACGUCGUCAUCGCCCUGGGCAACUAUGCCUUCAAAGUAUCUGAGUACCCGGUCAUCUUGUCCAUUGAGAACCACUGCAGUGUUGAGCAGCAGAGAAUAAUGGCCCAGCACCUCAACCAGAUCCUGGGAGACAAGCUGCUCAAGAACACGCUGGACGGCAAAGUCCCCGACAGCUUCCCGUCUCCCGAGGAUAUGAAAAAGAAGAUCCUGCUGAAGGGGAAGAAGAUCGGCGGUCUUGAGGAGAGCAUGAGUGGCCUGGUGGAGGACUCGCUGACCGGGGAGGUGAGCGACGAGGAUGAAUCUGUCGACCUCGACGACGAGAACCAGCACCACGACAGCAUCCGACGCCGCACCAAGAAGUCCAAGCAGCGCCUGUCCAAGGAGCUGUCUGACUGUGUGGUGUACUGCAAGAGUGUGCAUUUCAGCAGCUUCAAGAACUCCCGCAUCCACGACAAAUUCUAUGAGAUCUCCUCUUUCACAGAGUCCAAGGCCCGCAAGUACAUGAGAGAGGCAGGAGCUGAAUUUGUAUAUCACAAUGCAAGACAACUGUCCAGAAUCUACCCAAGCGGUCUGCGAACAGACUCCUCAAACUUUAACCCACAGGACAUGUGGAGUGUCGGUUGCCAAAUUGUUGCACUGAAUUUCCAGACAGCUGGGGUCGAGAUGGAUCUCAAUGAUGGACUUUUCAGUCAAAAUGGCCGCUGUGGCUAUGUCCUGAAACCGGAGUUCAUGAGGAGCUCUGAGAGAGGAUUCGAUCCAGAUCACCCCCAGAACCAUAAUGGAUACCAGCCCCUCAAGCUUACCAUACAGGUGAUAAGUGGUCAGCAGCUUCCAAAGGUGAAUAUCAAAGAGGGGUCUAUUGUCGACCCUUUAGUGAGGGUAGAGAUCUAUGGAGUCCCCAUGGACCAAGCCAAGCAAGAAACCAGAUACAUCGACAACAAUGGGUUUAAUCCGGUGUGGUACGACACCCUUAACUUCAUCAUCCACACCCCUGAAUUCGCUCUGGUACGCUUCGUGGUAGAGGACUACGACAAGACAUCCAAGAAUGACUUUGUAGGGCAGUACACUUUGCCUUUCUCGUGUAUUCAACAAGGGUACAGGCACAUUCAGCUGCUGUCCAAAGACGGGACCAGCAUCCAUCCCUCUUCACUGUUUGUGCAUGUCAGGAUCACCAAGCAUGUGACGCAACACUGUUAGCUCACACAGACAUGACUUCAAAUCAGUCAUCAUCAUCAUCCGCUUCAAUCAUCUUUUUCUCUAAGCAAUCAAUGACAGACAGGCCGAAAGGGUGAUAGACAGCCAGACGUAGUUCUGUGUGGUACAAAUAUUUGAGCAAUCCCCUGGUAAUGGACAUUGAGCAAUUAAUAUCUUCCAUUUCAUUAUAAACAGAGUGUAUCAAAACAUAAUUACGCCAAAAAUGUUUGUAGCUCUUUAACAACUAAGCUGUGUGGUUUUGCUUUAAAGCAAAUUCUAGUUUAAUCAUUCUUGGUAACCUGUGAUAUUUGGUGUGAACUGUGCCCUACCCACUGCAAAUAUAGAGUUUGAUCAUAAUCUUGUCUGUACUGUCCUUCCUAGACGGUUUGAGCUUUACGAGGACAAGAUAAUGUGAAUGUUGACAAGAAUAAUGCUGUAAUGAAAUGGACUAAUUACAACAAUUUUAAAAGGUGUGCAUGUACUUUGAGUAUAAUUGUGUGGAUAGUUAGGGGGCAUACUCUGAUGCCACGAAAAGCCUUUAGGGACAAUUUCAGAAUCAGCUCCUACUACACCAGCAACCUUUCACUUGUGUUUCUUUGGCAAAUGAGUCCCUGAUGACAACUAGGCAUCACACAAUCCUCUCCUGCCACCUCAUGUACCUGCAUGUUUACCUUACUAUGUGCUUUAAGGUUUAUUCAGUUUUGUUUGUCCAGAAAAUGUUAUGCUUGCCUUCUCCUCACUGCAUUACAGACCUUAAGUAUCAUAUACUUAGGACUCUUCGCAUAGGAGUUAUUUUAUAUCAAAUGUAAAAAUGAUUGCCGCUUGUUUUAAUAGUAUUAUAUUUUUAUAUUGGCCCUCUAGCUUCUAAUGUAAAUGCUCACACAAUUGUGUUUUGGUUUUUGUAGCGAUCCAUUUGGAUCUUACAUUUGUUGUGUUUGUAUAUAUGUAUGUACGUAUAUUACUGGAUCCAAAUACUGUAUUUGCUACACCCAUCUCAUAA